AAAUGGGGGAGCAGCAGAUGUGGGCAAACUCUGGGUAAAACCAGAGUUAAAAUGGGUAAUGGGCUCCCCCUGGCGGUUACCACAAAUGCCAGCGCAGGCGUAACGGCGAGCAACGUACUAACAGUGUUAAGUUUUCAAAGGUCAAAGCAGAGAGAGAAGGAGAGAGAAUUUAGGGUUUGAUCGGGCAGAAACCGAAUCAACAACAACAAUACGAUUGCUAACUAAACUUGAGAUUUUUCUUAUGUUUUACGGGCGUAGUAUUUUUGUAAGGGAAAGGGGUUGAUGUUGGUUUAGUUUUUUUAUGAGAGGAUUUGUUGAUAUUUCGUAAGUAUUGUGAGGGAGGGGCCAAAGGCAAAUGCAAAGGAGAAACGAGGCCCUUCCCUUGUAAUGCUUACGAGCUACUAACAAAUCCUCUCGCGCGCAAAAACUGAAUAUUUUUACGCGCAAAAUAACCAGGAGGCUCAGUACAUACAUUAAUUCAGUCAGCCCCCAAGUGGGUUGAGGGGGCUGGCUCAUAAGACUACCCGCUUAAGGGGGUUGAUGGUGUUUAUGUUUUGCUAAGAUUGGAGGAACUUAUGACGGGGCGUGUGUGAUUCGUAGCGCGAUUUGCAAGGGCUUCAAGAGGUAGACGUGCUGUUCAAAUGGGUUAAUGGCGCUAAUGUAGGCGUUAGGUUGGACAAUUUACGAAGGGCUUUAGUAGCCUGUGGGAUUAGGUGCGCGAUUUAAAGGGGUUUCAAGGAUUUGUUCUGCUGUUCAACUGGUUUAGAACUUGCAGGUUCUGUGAGCAUGGAGAGUGGUGAAAGAAUGGAUAUUUUUAGGAAGAAGCGGUCAGAGUCAUCGAGGAAACCAAGAUUGGGAGGGUCACACACUUUCAUGAACGAGCACGAUCAUUCCUCAGUGUCUGGUUCACCACCGUCUGAUCCUCAGUCUACUUCAGGUUUUGACAAAGGUUUGAAUGAGGAUGCAGGAAAGUAUACAAACCAUUAUUCUUCCCAUGGGGGAGAUGAUUACAAGAGGAAAUUGGGGAAUGGAAAUAUGAAGGGCAGAUUUGAGGUUGGGAAGGAGGAUUUGGGUAAGAGCAAGUCAGGUAAUAGAAAGGCUCUUGGUGGGGGGAGAGAUGACGAUUGGGAUGACAUAAAAAGAGUCCGGAGGGAGGUUACAGAAUUGAAUGGCAAUAACAAGCAUAAGGGAAUGGAGGAGGAUAGGAUUUAUGACAGGAAAUAUGAUAGAGCAGGGGGUUUGAAGUUGCAGGAUUAUGACAGGAACAGGCGGGUUGAGAAAUCUUCAAGGGAGAAAAUUCACAGGGAUGUUUCUCAUCAUGACAAGAAUUUCAAGGAGAAUUCCAUGGUGGAGAAGGGUAGUGAGAGGGACAGGAAAUUUUUUGGGGAGACGUUUAAGCGGAAGAUGCGUACUGAUGAUUUGGAUGUGUCAAAGCGGUCCAGAGAUGCUGGAAAGGAGAGAAAAGAUUCCUAUGAUAGGCAUGUCAGUCAUGAGAAAUCUGACAGGGAUAGGGAUUGUGAUCAAGAUAGAGAUAGGAACCAUGAUGGUGCUUCUCGUGGUAGGAGUCAUGAUGUGCAGGGCAAUUCAAGAUCUGGUGAUUUCAGUCAGAGGGCUGCAGCGGUUGGUGGACUGACUGCUGUUGUUGGGUCAUUGGAUUGGCGUAAUUCAGAUGGGCACAAAAUUGUGGACAGGAGGUCCUCUGAUGCCCAUCCUAUUGGUCAGGUGAAAGGAGGACCAGACUCUGGCCAUGGUGCUGGGCAUGCCAGGUCACAAGAUGGAGGCAGGAAUGUAGAUGGUCAUCAUACAGGGCAGUCAAAAUCAGCAAACCCUGAAUUUAAAGCUCCGGAAAGCUUAAAUGCAGCACAAGUUAAAACAGCGUAUGAUGGAAAGGCCUAUGAUAUUAGAGAAUCCUUCGAUAAAUCCACACUUAAAGAAGACGAUCCACCUUCUAAAGAGAACCGGACCACCACGGUGAAAUUGAAAGUAAGUGGAAUCACCCACACUAUUCAUGCUAGUUUAGCAGCUGGGAAUAAACAGAAGGCAGCAGAAGGUUCUGCAUUUGCUAGGCCUCCACAAGUACCUGAAGGAGGCAGACGGCGUCAGAGACUUAUUCUUCAGGAAAAUUCAGAUGAUGAAGAUGACUACCCUCCAAGGGCGGAAAAAUGUAUACAAGAAUCACUCCGGAAGGAGUCUCCAGCCAAUUGUUCUGCUUCUGCUAGGAUGGAUAUGAACCAGUCAAAGGAAGACAGAAAAAACAAACUUGCAGAUGAAAGUACCUCUGGAAAGCAGGUUGAAAUCAAUAAUUUUGCAGGAAAUCAACCUGUCCGCAAGAGCUCAAGAAUACCUAAGAAGCGUGUUUUGGAUGGAGAAAUUGAUGAAGAUGAAGAUACUGAAGAAGCAUCCCAGCGCAAAAAUUUGAGGACCCCCAAAAAACGCUUGCAAAAUGGUGAAUAUGAUGAUAGGGAAGAAGGUGAAACACUGCAGCGUAAAAGCUCAAGGAUACCUAAGAAGCGGAUGCUUGAAAGUGAAUACGAUGAAGAAGAUGAGGAAGAUGGAGCACAUUUUCAUAAAAGAAAACAGAAAAAGUUAAAGUCUGCAAGAGAUGCAGAGGACUUGUAUGAGUAUGAAGAGGAAGUUGCAACGGAUGGAGAUUUUGAGAAUUCAGAUAUCGAACCUGAAGGAAGGAAGAAUGGCAAAAGAAAAGAAACUUUAAAUUCUACUAUUGAUGAGAAGAAGGAAAUUCCUCUCACUGCACGCCAAAGGGCUAUGCAGUCGUCCAAGGACAUGGAUACAGAAGUAGGAGCAAAUUUGAUUGAAUUCCCAGAAGGAUUACCUCACAGCGGUCAGCGGAGGAAAAAGGAGAAGUUGUCUGAGGUUGAGCAACAGUUGAAGAAAGCAGAGGCUGCACAAAGACGCAAGCAACAAGUAGAAAGGGCUGCUAAUGCUCAGCAGGCUGAGGCGAUCAAGAAAAUUCUAGGUACUGAUUCUACAAGAAAGAAAAAAGAAGACAAGUUACGCAAACAGAGGGAUGAGAAGGAACAGGAGAAGUCUGCAAGUGCUAUGAUACUUGCUCCAAAUAGUGUGAGAUGGGUUAUGGGGCCAUCUGGCACAGUCGUAUCAUUUGCUCAAGAUGCAGGUCUUCCAAGCAUAUUCAAUUCUGCCCCUUGCAGGUAUCCUCCUGCUCGUGAGAAAUGUGCAGGCCCGCUAUGUAACAAUACAUACAAAUAUAGAGACUCUAAAUCUAAUCUCCCCCUUUGUAGCCUCCAAUGCUACCGAGCUAUCCAUGAUGUGACACGUCCUGUAUCUACUUUUUAGGAUUGCAGAAUUUGAUUGGUGUGUUUAGGUUUGUACAUUUAAGAGUAUGUACAUGCUCAGGAGAUAUGUAAAUACCAUUUUGUGAUAUUACAGUGGGAUCUUCGAAAGCUUUCAUUGAGAUUGCAGUGCCAAAUGUCAACAUGAGCAUUGCUGUAUAUGUUCAGAUGCUAAUUUUUGUAAGAUAAGAACAGCUCAUUGGCUGUUUGCCUAUAGCAAGUCUGCAUAUAGUAUGUCACACGUUUGGCUGUCUCAUGGGUGGAAGUUGAUUUUGACAUUCAAUAGUUUCCAAAUGUACCCAUUUUUUUGACCAUUAGAAGUUUGCACGUCCAGAAAUUGACGUCUUGCACUGCAGUCAGCAAUGGAUAUGGUGGAUUCAUUUUUUUCGCUAUGUUUUUUCUCGGAGUUCUCUUACUCCUGAUAUGCACUUGUCUUUGUGCUUCGGAAACUAUAUAAAUUUAAACACCUAAUUUCCUUUUAAGA